AUGGAGGCUGAUUACUGGGCAUUCUUUGGCCUUGUUCCGCCGAGCAACCAUGCUACUGAUACUGACACCCCCCGGGAUGGCACCGAAAGGUCGUGCUAUGGCCCCACACCGAUGCCCGAACUUCAGCGGCAGCAAUCCGUGGGCGAGAACACCAACGGGCCCAUAUGCACAUCAUCUACACGGACGGGACGCCCCGGGCCAACAAAGGCGGGGGCGAAACGGCGGCGGGUCCGCGACAAGGUGCAGAAUCGCCUGGCGGUAGCAAAGUCUCGGGAGAAAAAGAAGUGGGAGUUAGAGCAGAAGCAAAACCAUCUUGAGGACCUCGAGAAGACGAAUAGUCGCUUGAAGGCGGACCUUAUCAGCUUGACUGACGAAAUGUACCAGCUACGUCAAGAUCUGAUGGCUCACGGCGGCUGCGGCGACGCCGACAUCGAUACAUGUAUCAAAUCCCAGGGCGGAUCCAAUAAAACACCGAGAUCCGAGUCCUCAGCCUAG